GGCCAUGGCGGCGGCGCGGCGGGUGCAGCUCCGAGCGCUGCUGCUGCUGCUGCUGCUGCUGCUGCUGCUGGGCGCGGCGGGGCCCGGCGCCCGGGCGGCGCGGAGCCGCGGGGCCGACCGCCAGAACAGCCUGCGCCGCGCCGCCAGCGGCCUCUACCAGGGCGUCAGCGGCCUCUUCGGCGAGGACAACGUGCGGGCCCUGCAGAAGUUUUUCUCAAGGUUGACAGAGAGGUUUGUGAAUGGGGUGGAUGUAUUAAUGGACACAUUCUGGAGAAUAUGGACUGAUUUGUUAGAUGUUCUUGGAAUUGAUGCCUCCAACCUGACUCAUUAUUUCAGCCCAGCAGCGAUUGCCAACAACCCGACCCGCGCCCUCCUGCUGAUCGGUGCCAUUUUACUGGCCUACUGGUUUUUAUCUCUUUUCCUUGGAUUCUUCUUCUAUCUGCUGCACAUGCUGUUUGGCCGCUUCUUCUGGAUCGCCAGGGUGGCUCUGUUCACCCUGUCCUGUGUGUACAUCCUGCAGAAGUACGAGGGCGACCCGGAGCACGCCGUGCUGCCCCUCUGCUUCGUCGUGGCCGUCUACUUCAUGACGGGGCCGGUUGGGUUUUACUGGAGAAGAAACAGCAACAGCAGCCUGGAGGAGAAGAUGGAUCACCUGGAUAGUCAGAUCAGACUGCUGAACAUCCGCCUUUCCAGGGUGAUCGAGAACCUGGACAGGGGCAGCGAGCAGUGAACCUGCCCCUGCUGACCACUCUGCACCAGCUCUGGAAAAAUCCUAAGCACUGUCUCAUCCGAAGUUACAAAGCAACAAAACAUCACAUGGUAAAAAGUGUGCGAAGUUAUAACUUUUCAUCGUGUCUAAGACUUAAUUUAUCUAGGUUAAACACUCAGCCGUUAGACUUCUAGGAGAAAGAAAAAAACAUUUACAAAAUUCAGCUGUAUAUUCAGAGUUUUAUCCAGUACUAGAAUUUUCUCAGUAGAUAAACGCUUACUUUUACAAGCAUUUAAAAACAUCUUUUGUAAAGUUUUUAUAAAAGCAAAUUGAGUAGUCUUUCAGAUAUUGAAAUUGAGUUAAACAUAUGCAAAUUUGACACUAACAGUUAAAAAGAAAAAAAAAAAAUCUCAAGCUACCAAGCACUUCCAUUGAGAAGUAACUGCUGUGGGUCCAUAUUUUUUCUUCAGAGUUGUGAAUGUUUUUGUGUUUUUGUUGGCUUAUUCCAUUGCCUUGAAGUUGCCUUUCAUAGAGUAUCAGAUGAGGAAUUUUCUGGUAUCCAGGCCAAAAAAUUCACACCAUAGCUUUUAACAGGAGGUGGGGAAUGAGGGAGAAGGAAGAUCUGAAGUCCUUAAAUGCCAGUCCAAUGUGAGGAAGCACACGUGUGGCAUUUUAUCAUCGCGUUUCAUCCCGAGAACUUUAAUUUGUUAGUGUCUGGAAGGAAAUCUGCUUUAAUAAAUUGGCACAGAAGGAAGAUGUAGCGUGACAAAUUGUAAUUCAUAUUCAAUCUGCACAGUGAAGCAUUUUCCAAGCUUAAGUACAUAGACUAAAACAUGGUUUUUAAUCUCAGGACCCAUGACCCUUCUCAGAAAAGGCAGCAGAUAAAACACGUGCAGAUGUAUUGUUGCUUAAAGCUUUCUCAGGACCAAUCAGCGGCAAUAAAUUACCUUCAGGAAGAUCUGGAUUUUUUUCUAAAAUUACAAUAGUUUUCUAGGAGCUUUUUGCUUGAAGUCUAUGUCCUCAUUAGGUUUUGGGAAAAGCGAGUCACCUUUCAGAGGAAGGUGUAGGAAAUGGUUCUCUUUCAAAGCCGAGGAGCUUUGGAGCGAUUUUAUUUUGCAGGAUUUCUGUAUUUCUUAGAGCUAACGAGCUUGGUAGGGCAUCACUGGCUGUGCUGGUUUACUGAAACAAAGGUAACCUCAGGGAGGGAAGUCUGGGAUGUGGUUUCACCUGGAAACAUCAGCACCCAAGCACACAGAGGUGAGGAGGGAAGGGAAGCACCUACCCCUAGUGAUGAGCACAGUUCUGAUAGCACGAGGGGUAGGAUGGAGCACAGCUCCAUAUUCCAUAGGGUCCAAACGAACAACUACAUCAAAAAAUGCAACAAAAAUUGGUCUGGGAUGGGGCCUGGCUACCAAGGAAGGGAAUGAGGAGGAGGAGGAGGUUCCCCAGGUGUGCCUGCCAGUGCCAGCUCUGGUGGGACAGGCUGGAGCAGCUUGAGCACAGCUUGUUCUUCCACUGGGCAAAGCUGGAUGUGAUGCUUAACUGAAUGUAACUGUGGGGUGAAUUUAUUUUUCUCUUGAUGCUGAAGUUUAAUGUUCUUGAAAUAUGUGUAUUACUUGCCUAA